ACCGCGGGGCUCCAGGAGACCUGGCGCUGCUUCGGCUUCCUUGAGGGCCGGCCCCCGCUUUGCUCUAAGCCUGUUUCUCUAUCCGCACGGUGAGCCAGCUCGCCUUGCUGAGGGCGCCCCUUACCUGGUGGUGCCGGGUUUCAAAGGCUAAAUUGUGAGGGGAGGUCCUGGCCCUCGGCCCCCCUGCCUGCUGCCCCAGAUCCCCGCCUUGUCGUCCAGCCACUCCCUGGUGUGAGGUGUUUGGAAACGCGAGCCCCCCGCCCCCCGUCGCUGGCUUGAGGAUCCGUGUUUCCGGCGGCACCUGGGCCCCGUCCCCAGCUCUCCUUUCCGGGGCCGGAACUAUCGUACCAGAGCCCACGUUUCCCAGCCGGCGGCGUGAGUGGGGAGCAGCUGCAAGACCGCGCUCACCGCGGAGAAAAGGAAGGGGCCGGGCCCCGCGCGCAGCAUCUUGGGAACGCGUGGUAUUGUGGGAGCGCGAGACCCGCCAUUCGCUCGGCUCACACCUUGGCCGUCGCCGGAGUUGCUGCGGCCCGGGGAAGGAAGAGUAGGCCGGAGCUGGUGAGAACUCUUUUCCUGCCAAGAUGUCUAUUGGUGUGCCGAUUAAAGUCCUUCACGAAGCCGAGGGCCACAUCGUGACAUGUGAGACAAACACUGGCGAGGUGUAUCGUGGGAAGCUCAUUGAGGCGGAAGACAACAUGAACUGCCAGAUGUCCAACAUCACAGUCACAUACAGAGAUGGCCGAGUGGCACAGCUGGAGCAGGUGUACAUCCGUGGCAGCAAGAUCCGCUUUCUCAUUUUGCCUGACAUGCUGAAAAAUGCACCCAUGUUAAAGAGCAUGAAAAACAAAAACCAAGGCUCGGGAGCUGGCCGGGGGAAAGCUGCUAUUCUGAAAGCUCAAGUGGCUGCAAGAGGAAGAGGACGUGGAAUGGGGCGUGGAAACAUCUUCCAGAAGCGGAGAUAAAUUUAUCUGUUGAACAGAACUUUGCUGUUAUUUUUCCUUUUAGGUUAUCUAAGGUUCAGAGGGGAUGUGUGCUUAUGUAUAUGUUCUAGCUUUUCUUUUGACAUCUUUCUCUUUAGAUCAGGGGAAAUGUUAAACUAAAUAAAUAUGGUGGUGUUUUUUGUU